GGAGGAAAAAAUAAAAUGAAAUAAUCGCGCCCGGCGCGGAGCGGGGCCCUCCCACCUCUCCUCCUUCCUACCCGGCCUGGGGGGGACAGCGCGGGCCGCGGAGCCGCGGCGGGGCGACAAUGCGGCGGGCGGAGAAAGCAGGAGGGGCAGCGCGCGGCAACAUGGAGGGAGGCGCGGAGCGGGCCGGCCCCUGAUGCGGCUCUUUCUCCUCCUCCUCCUCCUCCUUCGGGCAGCGGCUCCGGCGGCGCUUCCCUCCCUGGCGGCGGCUGGCGGCGGCGGGUGGAAAUGAGCAGGUCGGCGGCGCUUCUCCUCUGCCUGCUGGGCUGCAACGUGUGGAAGGCGGUGACCAAAACCUUAGGGGCGCCCGAGGCGGCUCAAGCUUUCCUCUGCAGGUCUGAAAAAGUGUGAAUUUUGUGUUUGCUCGAAUCCUCCUGUCUUCUCCUCACUGCGACUGGAGAACUGGAAUGGGUACAGUUGUGGAUUGGAGACCUCAGCGUUUGUGCACACAUGCGGAGACGUGCACACAUGCCUGUCUUGCAAGGCCAUAUGAAGUAACGCUGAAAGUCCACGUGAGCGAUGCCAGCACACAUCAGCCAGUAACAGAAGCUUUCAUUGAGAUUUUUACCAACCAGAUCUCCAUUGCAUCUGGAACCUCAGGAGCAGAUGGCACUGCCUUCCUCAAGUUUCAGUAUAAAUUGGGCAAUCAGCUGAUAGUGACUGCUAGUAAACAUGCCUAUGUGCCAAAUUCUGCACCAUGGAAACCUGUAAGAUUGCCUGUCUUCUCUUCACUGAGUCUUGGACUUCUUCCUGAACGCUCAGCUACUCUAAUGGUCUAUGAUGAUGUAGUCCAGAUAGUCUCAGGAUUUCAAGGUGCACGGACUCAGCCACAGGUACACUUUCAGAGAAGAUCAGUGAAAUUACCGGAGAACACCAGCUACAGUGAUUUGACAGCAUAUCUAACCGCAGCCAGUUCACCGUGGGAAGUGGACAGUUUCCCUUACUUGCAGGGAUUGGAUGGAAAUGGAACAGGAAACAGCACGAGGUAUGACCUCACCCCUGUUGCUGCAGUCAGUGUCCAUCUUCUCAACAGUGAUGGCACUCCAGUCCCAGUGAAUGGCCCCAUCUACGUAACAGUGCCUCUGCCAACAAACAGCAACUUGAAGCACAAUGCACACAUUCCAGCAUGGAGGUUUGACCAAAAAUUUGGGACAUGGCUGAAGAGUAGUUUGGGACUUGUGCAACAGGAGGGAAAUCAGCUGACUUGGACUUACAUUGCCCCUCAGCUGGGCUACUGGGUUGCAGCUAUGUCACCUACUAUCCCAGGUCCCGUUGUAACGCACGACAUUACCAGCUAUCACACAAUGUUUCUUUUGGCAAUUUUAGGAGGGAUGGCUCUCAUACUUCUAGUCUUGCUGUGUCUCCUUUUGUAUUAUUGCAGAAGAAAAUGUUUAAGACCACGUCAGCAUCAUAAGAAACUGCAACUUCCCACAGCACUGGACACUUCUAAGAAGGAUCAAGCAACUUCUAUGUCCCAUAUAAAUUUAAUAUUUUCACGCCGUGAGUCGGAAUUUCCUGGCGGGCUCUCUGUUGCUAGCAAUGGACACACUGAAAACUCAGGUGCAAAGGAAUUAAUCAGUGCUGUCCACAUGGAGAUGGUAUCACCUAGUGGAGAAGCAGAUAUGCAUACACCUAUGCUCAAACACUCCUUCAGUACUUCCCAGGAGUUCAGCUCCCGAGAGGAGCUGCUCUCUGACAAGGAGAAAGACAAGAGCAGAAUUUCCUUGGAUGACCUGACUCCCAGCGGGUCUCUGAGAAAAGACUACCACAAAUCAGCAGAUAGUUUUCCUUUAAAGACAAGAAAAUCUACAGAAACAGCUGAAGGCUAUGAGUCCCCUGUCAAAGAUGAAUAUAGGAGAAGUUACAAUGCUAUGCUAUCUCAGCCUUUAUUUGAAAAGCAAGAGAGAGAAAUUCAAGUAUCUAUGAACCAUAUUGCUACUGGAAGUAAAUACAAUAUUCAGGAACAAAUUUACCCCACACCUUCAGCUCCUGAAAAAGAGCUGCUGGACUGCAGACCUACUGAAUGUAUGAUGUCUCGUUCAGUCGAUCACCUUGAAAGACCUACAUCUUUCCCUCGACCAGGUCAGUUAAUCUGCUGCAAUUCUGUUGACCAAGUUAAUGACAGUGUUUACAGAAAAGUUUUGCCUGCAUUGGUGAUCCCGGGUCAUUACAUGAAAUUGCCAGAGCACUCUUUCGUUAGCCAGCCGCUGGUUGUCCCAGCUGACCAACCCAUUGAUCUAGAAAGACUUCAGGCUGAGCUUCCCAAUCCUCACGCACGGCUUUUUCCACACCCCCCACAACAGUUGCAGCCCCAACAGUUAACAUCACAAGCAAUAUCUCAACAACAUUUGCAAGAUGCAGGUGCAGCCGAGUGGAGUCAACAGAACGCUUCCAUGUCCGAAUCUAUUUCCAUCCCCGCCUCACUUAAUGAUGCGUCCCUGGCUCAAAUGAAUAGCGAAGUGCAGCUUCUUACAGAAAAGGCGUUGAUGGAAUUAGGAGGGGGAAAGCCAUUGCCUCAUCCUCGGGCGUGGUUCGUUUCUCUAGAUGGACGCUCCAAUGCUCACGUUAGACAUUCGUACAUCGAUCUCCAAAGAGCUGGGAGGAAUGGGAGUAACGAUGCCAGUCUGGACUCUGGCGUCGACAUGAACGAACCAAAAUCUGCACGAAAGGGAAGAGGGGAUCAUCUGUCCACGCCACAGAGUCACCCACCAGUGCAAGAGCACCAGCAGAGAGAGCGGAAGGUUUCGGAUAGCACAGCUUACACACAACUUGUGUAUUUGGAUGAUAUGGACCAAAGUGGCAGCGAGUGCGGAACGGCGGUUUGUAGCCCUGAGGACAAUGCUCUGCGAUGCCUACUGGAAGGCACGAGUAAGAGAAGCGGUGUGCAGCUGCCCAGCCUGCAGGAGGAAACGAGAACUGUGGAUACCAAACCAGAGCCAUUAACUAGUCCUGAGCAUGGAACGUCAGGUCAAGAUGAGGAGGAGGAUGAGGAGGAUGAGGAAGAUGACCAAGGUGAAGAUAAGAAGAGUCCUUGGCAGAAACGAGAGGAAAGACCACUAAUGACUUUCAACCUAAAGUAAGCUAUUGUGAAAAUCCACCAUUCAGUGGAGUAUAAAAUUGCCAAAUAUUCUUUCUGUGGAAGUGCUUGAUUUUUUUUUUCCUUUUUCUUUUUUUUUUUUUUCUUUUUGUUGUGGAGAGAAAAGAGAACAAUAAACUGUGGUGAGCAACACGUGAAAGAACUGAAACGCAUUACUGUGUAAAUGUUAGAAAAAGAAUUAAAAUCAUUCCUCUGAUUUAACGGCUGCCUCGGGUGAGAUGGCUGAACGAAGAGUGUGAUUGUUAUUUCAUAUACUUGAUAUUGGUCAUCCAGGAUGUUGAAAAUACUGACAAAUCGUUUUGGUUGGUUUAUGACCUCAAUCUCCUUAAGAAUGGGAGCUGGUAAAGCUUUUGUUUUGUAGGCCAAUUUUAUGUUGAUAAUGCUACUGAAAGUAUCCUAAAACAAGAGUUUGACACGUGGUGUCCAAAAUUGUGCAUUAUCUCAAUGAAAGGCUAUGCAUUGCUGCUUUUAGUAAUAUUUUGCUUAUACUAUGCUUUUCUUAAUUUUACAAGUUGGUUGUAAACAUUUUAUGUCCUUUAUUAUAAACUACUCAGCAAUUUAUUUUAAUGUAAAACUGCAGGAAACUUGAGUAGCAUCCCUUAGCAUUGAAGCCUUUUUAUGAAACCAAACUGAACUUUGUGUCGACUAAGAUUCCUCCAAUUCUGGUCCCAUUUACUCAAAGUGCCUUUUUUACAGUAACAAUGAACAGUCCCUUCUUUUGCUAACUCCUUUUAAUUGACCCCGUUUGGGAUUUUAUAAACUUCUGAACUUCUACCUUUUAUUUUAAGCUGCAUGCCAAGAGUCCCCUUUUGUGCUGAGCAUUUCUCAUUUCAGUACAGUGUAUUCUGUAGCUAUCAUGUAUAUUGUGGAUUCUGUUUAGCCAGGGUAGACUUAGAAGACAUUUUAAAGGGCCCAGAGUAGCCAAGAAGAUAGUUUCAUUGACUGUAUAUAUUGUUAGCUUCCUCUGGAAUCGCAUGAGCGAAUCAUGCUCAUGAAAUGGACUAUAGGCCGAGCAAGUGGACUGAAUGUGUCUAGAAAACCUUUUGAAAAAACAAAUGUACUAUCCUAAAGUGCCAGAACUGCUCUUCUGUGCUUUCUCCAUACAGAGCUGCUUGGUUAUCCAAAAAUUAUAAUUGAAAAUAAACUGCAAAAAAAAAAAAAAAAAAAAAAAAUUGUGGGUUUUUUCCUCUGUUUAUGUUCAUCACUUUAUUUUAUAUUAUUUAACGAGCAAAAGGCUUUGGUUUCUCUUGUGCUUAUGUGACUUACUAACAAUUGAACUUUCUUAAGCAGUUCUAAUGAGCUUCAGCCAAUACUGAAAUGUAGACCUCUUCUCAGAAAAGCAUCACCCUCCAUCUUGAUAAAUACUUCGCUAUUGCUUAAGUGUCAGUGCGCACCUUGGAAAUGAAAUCCCGGCAUCACCGGACUUCUGUGCUGGAUCUGCUGCUCGUGGGAGCCAUUGUUGUUCUGGGAUUUCUGUGGGUACCCGCAUCCACUGGGCACUGCUGACUUGGGCAUGGAUUGAGUUCAAAGAAGACAAAGUGUGUAUGACUUCACUCACGUGGAGUCCUUCCUUGACAUUCGAUCACGUUUCAUUCCGUUAUUUUACUCAGCAUUACCAGCAGGCACACUUAAUAAAGUUAAUUAUUAUGUAAUCUCUAAGGUGAUUAGAGAAAGUGUUGUAUAGUUUCUAUUUAUUUUUUAAUAAUAAGCCUUGACUCUUUUAUUUUUCCUUUUUUUUUUUCCCUAUAGAUAUCAGAGCCAGUGUUGUAAUUCCCAUCUCACUGAAUGUAUUAAUCUGACAGUCUGGUCUCAACCCAGGAGCUGAAUCCAAAUUUCAUAGGUCCCAGUCCAGCGCUCCUCUCCAUCCACAAACCUACAUCACGUCUGUUUUGUUUUGGUUCGUGUUUGCCAGUGGUAUUUGUCUGCAGGAAAUCUAUAGUAUUUCUGUUUGUGGAGUGCGUUAAAUGUUGAAGUCACCGUAGUAGCAGUAAGUCACCUUCUGGUGGUUGUGUGCCUUCCAGGUCUUCCUGUUGCGUUCAGGAGCUUUGCUACUGACCACAUGUGAACUGGCUCUGUGGUGUGGGUAACUUUCUGUCCGUCUGUGCAAGGUCAUCCAACAGCCAAAUCCUGCCUGCUUCAGAGGGAUGGUAUUGAUGGGAUUUCAGUCAGUGCUGGUAUCACAGUGUCACUUACUAAUCAGAAUGCUGUAUCCAAUGAGUAUUUGGUUACAAUUCCAACCUACUCGAAUUACUGUGCUAUUUAAUUUUCAACUUUCUGUUCUUUUAAAUCUGUAAUUUUUCAUUACAUUCUCUUUUCACAGAUUCCUUUGCGAAGUUUCCACCUUUAUUAUGUUGUAAAGUGAAAUUGUUGCUAUUAAAUUGCAGUGGUUUCUUUCUUUAA